AUGCGCGCCGCGUUGGCGGGGGCUCGUCCGCCGCGGUUCCUCCUCGCGAGGAUCCGCGCGACGCGGCCGUCGCAUCGAAACGCGGAGCGGCUCGACGCCGCGCGAUGCCGCGCGGGCGGAAGAGACGCGUCGUCGUCGUCGUCGUCGUCGAAGUCUCUCUCGACGUCGACGACGACGACCGCGUCCGACGCCAGGGCCCGCCCGCCCGACGCGGUCGACGACGACGACGACGACGCGCCCUCGUCCUCCUCGUCCGCGCUCCUGCGCACGCGCGUCCGCGGGAAGCACUUAGAUCGCCCGUGGCACCUCACGUACCUCCGCAAGCGCGGCGUGAUCACCGCCGCGCAGAAGCGCGCGCUCCGCGGGGACCCGUGGCGUCUCUACGGCUUCGAGAUCGUGACACACUCCGGCGGCGCGGGGCCGCCGCCGCGCCUCGACCUCUUCCGCGACGUCUUCCCGGACGCGACACCGAGGAGGGACGGGGACGCGCUCAUCACGGCGAAACCGCCGCCCGUGGUCCUCGAGAUCGGCUUCGGCCUGGGCGACUCCCUGACGCGCAUGUGCGAGAGACACCCGGAGCGAUGCUUCCUGGGCGCGGAGGUGCACAAGCCCGGCGUCCACACUGGUCCCCAUACGACCGCGUUCGCGUGGUGA